CAACGUACGGGUGAACGCGAUAAACUCGAUAAACUUCAUCGUUUAUGCAUAAAAAUAAACAAAAACAUUUUUUGCGUUUCAUGUUUAUGCGGUUUAUGCUGUCGGCCACUUUCCAAUUUUCCAAUGUUUAUGUUAUCGAUGUGAAAAGUUAUUUUAUUUUUGAUCUGAAACGCAGUGUUAAUUAACAGAUGUUCGUGCUUAAUGAAAUUACCGAAAUUACAAUAGGUAAAUGAAACUACGAGCAAAGUGUUUAAAUUUGAUUUGUAAUUAAGCAUCUACGUCCUCACAUAUCCUAGUGUUUUUAGGUCAGGGCAACCAUGUCCGACAGUGAAGAAUGUGAUUUUUCUGCAAGUGAAGAUGAGUGGUUGCCGGAAAAUGUUCAUGGAAAAAAUGAUGCGAAAACCGCUAAAUCAACUACUUCAGCAAGGGAUGAGUUGUACGAUUCAACGGACGACGAUGCAUCCGGCGACGAAGAAGUACCACGUAAACGUGCCAAAACAAGAGCGUCUAAAGCUAGGAUCCCACUAUCACGGAUAAAAUUAAAAGUAUCAGCAUCGGAUAGAAGAAAGCAAUACGCAAAAAUUCAAUCAGAUGAAAUAAAAAGCAACUUAAAGGAUUCUGACAGCAGCGGAGAUGAACAUUUGGUCAACCCUAAUCAGUUAGACUUGAAUUCUGACUUUUUCAACGAAGCACCUGUUGAACAACAUUCGGAAAAUGUACCGGAAUUUGACUGUAAUGUCGGAGUGCGGCUCUCUGAUUCAUCUGAAAAGGAUGAUUCUGAUGCAAUGGACACGUGUGAACAACAAUGUGAUGGGGAUGUAACACGACCUACUGGCAAAGAUCUCAUCGCAAAAAUUAAUCGAAGCUCACGAACUUUCGUAAACUUUGAAGGAGUUAAUCAGUUUAACAAAAACAUUCAACAGGCUAAAAUCCAAUUUAAUUCUAUGAAAUCGAAAGAAUCCAAAAGGGAUACAGCUGUGGACAUUGGAGAUUUGUUAGCUAUGGGGGAACAUCAAAAAGGAGAAACAAGCGUCGGUCCAACAGCUAAAAAUAUGAAAGAUGAAUCAGAUUCUGAUUGGGAGGAAGUUGAAGAAAAAGAGGAACCUGGAGCACAACAAGAUGUACAAAUAACACUGGAUGCAAAUCCGGUAGCUAUCCAUGAAAAGAAACGUUGUAAAACAUUUGAUAUUGAAGCAUGUGUAAAGCGAAUCGUCAAUCGUGAGAAGCGGGAAAAUCAGCUCGUUCUUCACAAAGUUAAUAUCGUUAUGGGAAUUGCCCAUGGAAAUUAUGUCAACGCUGUUUUAAACAGCUCCAAACUACUUGCGCUAGCUCUGACCUUGAUUCCCUCACAAAAGUGCUAUCCGAAAGAUAGGACCAAUCUGCAAUAUAUUGAGCAAAUCACAAAAUUUUUCAAGGAAAUUGUAGAUCUCAAAGAAAGACGAAUGUACUGUCGCUUCAAAAAGUUGCCAGCAUUAGAGACGUCUCUGCGGUUGCAGAUGCUUACCAAGGCGGCCAUUUGCAAGCGUGAUUACAUUCUGUUAUUUAUAAUUUUGCUGCGCGCGAUUGGCAUCCAGUGUCGCAUGGUAAUGUCCCUGGCGGUAGUGCCAAAAAAGGUGCCCCAAAGUGAAAUGCAUCAAUCACAGACUAAGUCGAAUGAUAAGCCGCAAGAACAUCAGUCGCUACCCAAAGCAUCCACUUCCUCAACUUCUGCCUUGGGUCUGAAAGCCAAGUCCGGUAAAGUUGAUCGCAAUAAGGAUAGAGAAGACAUCAAGCAAAAAAGUAACUCGGGUAAGAGUGUUAAUAGCUCAGCAAAAAUACCACAGCUUGAUGGAAAUGACGAUUUACCCGGUGGGCCUAGUAAGCAGCCUAGACUGGAUCCUGUACAGAAGAAACCGGCUAUUAGAAAAGAUAAGAAAAAUAACCCGGAAUUUAAGAAUUCAUCUGCCAAUCUACAAGAAAUAAACAUGUUUUCGCCUAGGAAAACCCGAAAACAACGUCAAGAACAGCUCAACAGCAAUUCCAAUAAUGAGUUUCCAAAAUCAAAACCUAAGAAACCAAUUGAUAAUCUAUCCGACACUAACCCUCCUACUUCCUCCCCAACUUCAUCCUCGUCUAUUUUAGUGAGGAAAGACUACAAGGUCCAACCCAAAAAUAUAACUAAUAAGAAACAUGAUAAGCUUGCUAAAGAAAUAAAAACUGUAUCAGAGGUAUCACCAAGCAGCUCAAGUACAGUCAAAGGCAACAAACGAUCAACAAAUUUAGUACCGCCAAAAGCAAUGAAAUUACCAUCCGAAGAACAUAAAACACCUGACUCAGUAAAACCAAAAAAUAAGUCAAAGACGAGCCCUAAAAUACUUAAAGUGGAAAUCUUCGACAAAAAACUCAAGCGACGGCUGGACCGUCGUGUGCUGUCCACGGAUGAUGAAUUUCGCACAGUAGCAGAUGACAAAACCAAGGUCAAAUCCGGCGUUAAUCUCUGGAUUGAAGUAUUUGCUGAAGACGAAGAACAAUGGAUAACGAUCGACGCAGUGGGCGGCAAAGUGCACUGUUUGGAACAUAUCAUAAAACUGGCUUCUUCUCCGUUGGUCUACGUCCUUGCCUGGAACAAUGACGGUAGCAUCAAGGAUGUGUCUCCACGGUAUUGUCCAAAUUAUGCAACCUCCACCAAAAAGCUCCGCAUCGAUAAGGACUGGCUUGACGAAACGCUAGCUAAGUUUCGGGGAAAGCAAACGGCUCGCGAUAUCGAGGAAGAUCGCGCCCUUAAUCGAGCUCUGAUGGAGCAACCCUUACCAAAAACCAUCAGUGAGUACAAAAAUCAUCCUCUCUACGCUUUGAAGCGACACCUGCUCAAGUUCGAAGGCAUCUACCCGCCCGAUGCGCCGACACUGGGAUUCAUUAAAGAAGAACCGGUCUACGCAAGGGAGUGCGUUCAGAUGCUGCACUCGCGUGAAAUUUGGCUCAAGCAAGCCCGAACAGUCAAGAUGUUCGAAACGCCGUAUAAGGUCGUCAACGCCCGUCCCAAGUAUGAUCGGGCUGCCGGACAGAUGUUGCCAGCUCAACCGCUAGAGCUCUACGGCUAUUGGCAAACCCAAGAUUAUGAACCUCCGACAGCCGAGGACGGAAUAGUUCCAAGAAAUGCAUACGGCAAUGUUGAACUCUUCAAACCCUGCAUGUUGCCAAAGAAGACCGUUCAUUUACAAUUGCCCAGUUUGAAUCGGAUCUGCAAAAAGUUAGGCAUUGACUGCGCCCAAGCAGUAACCGGAUUCGAUUUUCAUGGUGGAAGCAGCCAUCCGGUGUACGAUGGAUUCGUGAUUUGCGAGGAAUUCAAAGAUAUUAUUGUGGACGCCUGGUACCAGGAGCAAGAACAAGAGGAAAAGCGAGAACGCGAAAAGUACGAAAAGCGGGUCUACGGCAAUUGGAAGAAACUGAUCAGAGGAUUAUUGAUCCGCCGGAAGUUGCAGAAUAAGUACAACUUUGAUAACCUGUCUGGGUAGUGUGAGAAUUUCACCAAGAAUAAAAUUAGAAUAACCUCAGAA